UUCAUAAGGUGAACGAUGUGGCCCAUGAACCUCUGGUGUCGGGUUCGGAAUACAAGUCAAACAAUAUGGCGCUGCCCAUGUAGAUAAAAAUGUGAAGCAUGGAUAUGAACCAUCUAAUGAGUCGAGGGGAGUGGAAAAUCUGCUCACGAUGCCUUCGAAUCCUCAGUGUUUGCUUUUUGGGAAGCGCUGGACCCCAUUCCAAUUCACACUUGUUGUAUUCAUAUUCCUAGUGCUGUUUAAUGAAUAUUUUAUAUACGUCUUUCAAACUAUGAGAUGGCCUAACGUCCCAGAUAUUAAUAGGGAGGAUGGCUCAUCAGUGGUCAUAUUAUUAGUGGCAGAUCCCCAGAUACAGGGCUAUCAGUUCGAAGGAUCCAUCAUUGGUCCUUUUGCUAGAUGGGAUGCUGACAAUUAUCUGAGGAAGACAUUUUCAUUUGCCGCUGCUCAUACAAAGCCAGACAUUGUGAUAUUUUUGGGGGACUUGAUGGAUGAGGGGAGUCAGGCCACUCCCAAUGAAUACAGGGACACUUACUACAGAUUCCUCAACAUUUUCUCACAUUCUCCAAGUGUCAAGAGAAUCUACAUUCCAGGGGAUAAUGACAUUGGAGGGGAAUACAGAGAUUAUAGAACCCCACAGAAAGUGGACAGAUUUGAAAAACAUUUUGAACAAGUGGAUGGUAUAAUUAGGCAUGAGUUCAUAGAUUUUAUAAAGAUGGAUGUCAGAAUUCAAAAUACAAUGUAUCAAGAAAAAGAGAGGUUGUUCAAACAAUAUAAGACAUCUAUGACGUCACCAGUCCGAGUGGUUCUAAAUCAUGAGAGUCUGCUUCCUAUACAGUUUAAAGCUCCUUUUUACCCGCUGUUAUCUGCAGUCAGCAGUCAAUUGAUUUUUUCGGCUCACUGGCACAAGCCAGUAGCAUAUAUCUGUAAUGACUGCAUGAGGCAAGAUGAUUUCUCCUGGUCAGUACACCAGAGAGAUUUGACCCACAUGCAUGGAUUCAUGUUUGAGAACAUAAGUCGCAGUGCAGAGUGCUUGACGGAAAUUAUGGUGCCGACCUGUAGCUAUAGAAUGGGCGAGCCUCACAUGGGAUAUGGAGUCGCAGUGUUGGAUAAAAACGGCGGUCUUCACUAUGGAAUCUUGUGGAAUCCGAAUCGCUAUCGAGUACUGUAUAGUUACAUCAUAGUCUGGAUUUUCGUCAUCUUAGUGAACGUGAUUUGCUUCUGUUGUCCAGGCGUGACCAGAUGUUUUGGCAGAAGACUGGUCAGGUGAUGUCACGCAGGAUUAGCCAAUCAGUGCUAUGCAUCUCAUCAGCUGGAACCAAUCAGCUCCCUCUCCCAGCAUUCCUUGGAGUUGCAGUACAGGAAUAGAACAUCAUGUUACAUACUGAUGUACCAUAAUAAUUCUCUUGUGUCGUGUGUUACGGGAAAUUGUUGAUAGUCAUAGUAGUUUUUGCUUCAUUUUUAUUUUCCAUGAGUUUGCAUUCUUUGUUUACACCGUAAGUGCAAUUCUAAAACGAGACAAAACUUGUGUAAGUUUUUAUGUUGAUGUUUCAUGUACAUGUAUGUAGUUCAAAGUCAUUUCCAUUAAGGGAGUAUUGUGUACUGGUCAAUUUUAUACAGAAGUAUGUUUAGGGCAACUUUCUCUCUGAAAUGCCAAUUUUCAUUUUGGAAUCUUGGAAUUUUCGAUUUUCCAACCAGUUUCUGUUCGAAAUUCUAAAAUAAAAAUUGUAAAUUUAAAGUUAUAUAACCUGAGGGUAAAUUCCAAGAAUUUUAAGAUUUAUGUUAAAAAAUUCCAAGAUUUUUAUCUGAAAUUCCAAUUUUUUGUAGAAAAACAUUAUUAAGUGACUACCAUACCAUUGAUAUGAGCGGUGUUCAUUUGCAUAAAACUCCUCUAAAGAUAACAACAUAUAUUGGUCUGGGGAUUAGAGAGAUAAUCCUGAAGAAUUUUUUUUUCCUUUGUAAGAUUGUCAAGAUAAAAGAUGUCUGCUGAUAAAUUAGCAAUGCAAACUAAAUAUUGUACGUUUUAAUGAUAAUCUAGUUAAAUUAUGGUAGUUAUUAUCACACAAAAAGAUGAUAAAAUUGUGAAGAGAGAUGAUUAGCUACCAUAUAUUUGUACUGAAUUAUUUUUUUAAAAUUCCACCCAUAAUUAGCCUUACUUACCUGUGUAGUUAUUCUUUUCUUAAUGACAAUAUUUUCAAGUGGUACCAGUUGUUUAUCAUUAUUCUUUACCAUGGAAGAUUUUGGAGAUUGUGUGUGUAAUAGUUUUGAAAGAUGCAUCUGAUGGUUGUAUAUACAUGCAAUACAUGUAUACAGAUUAGGAAUAUUGUAGAUGAACAAGCCUUUCACUAAACAGGAUCUCAGAGAAUGGAAUGGUAUUAGAGUUCGUGUGUCCCCUGAUUUUUUUAAACAGAGGGCGUUAUAAUUACGGUAUACAGGGAAAUAUUCGCCCCAGUUUAAUUUUCACUCCUUUUGCACUGGUUGUCAUCUGGCAAAUUUAAUUAAAAUCAGACAAAUUCCAUUUUAAUUCUAAAAUUAUCUCUCUUUAAACACAACUGUGUCUUCGUGAAUUCAAGACGGGUAAAAAUUGUUUGCAAGUGAAGAAGGAUGAAAAUAAAAUGGGGUGAAAAUAAUCCUGAAUACAGUAAUGUUAUUUUGAAUGCAUUUUUUUGUGCCUGUGAAAAAUACCGUACGAUUAUGUUAUGCAUGAUAUAUACUUUUAGAUAACAUGUUUUUCAUGCAUGCAGAAUUGUUCAUGCAUGAUAUAUAUGUUAUUGAUGGCAGAUGAACUUAUUUAUGAAUGCCAUGGCGAGAGUUUGGGCAAAACAGUAUUAAGGUUUCACUUGUCUAUCAUGUAAAGUCCUCAUAUAGCCAUAACGGUCAAAAUGGCCACUACAUUAUAAUAGUAAUUUAGGGAAACACAAAGCUUUAAAAAAUAUGGAGUUUCAAUUGAUAGAUAAAUGAUUAUUUCAGUUAGUUUAUGUAACUAUUGUGAGAAAAGACUUUCACCAAAAGAUGAAACAAGAAGGGAAACGUAUUGAACACUUAAUGUGUAUGUUUGAUUUAUUCAGAUUAUUAUUACGUGUGAAAUAUAUGUUAAAAAACUUUUUUUUGUAAUAUACAUGUAAGUGAAAUACAAAAGAAGACAUUUCAGAGCUGCCUUGAAGGCAAUGCAGGAAUGGUCAUCAAAAGAUGGUGCGUCAAAUUGUGAUACUUCUUUUUUCUUUUGUAUUAUUUUCUGAUUUUUUUUUUUUGGUGGGGGGAGGGGUCAAUGUAUGUAAGUGCGAUAGAUCUAAAACAUUUUAAAAAUGUUCAUAGGGAAGCAACAGUCAUGUUUACUAUACAUGUAAUCUACUGUUAUGAUUAAGGAAUGAGAACAUUAGAAAACAUUCUAACAUUGGUGUUGGAAUGUAAACAUUUUGAUUUUAUCUUUUCUGGUAUAAUAUCCCAAGCUAAGUGAUUGUUAAUUGAAUUCUACCUCAUCCAUAUUGGAUGGAAAGACCAAUUUUCAUGAACGUUUGUAUUGUUACUUUAAAUUUCAAAAGUUUUGUGUCCAGUGGUGUUUUUUUUUUCUUUUAUGUAUUGAAAUAGACAUUAAAAUAUAGACUUACUUCCCUUUGCUACU